AAUGAAUCCAAAUACACCUUUCAAUGAACGCUUCCAUAAGAUUCAAGAGAAAUUGAAUUCUAUUCCAUUAUAACAUGAUCAAUCAAAGGCUCAUAGAAUUGAUACAAUAUGUGGAAGAAUAACAGCAGUAGAGGAGAGAACUCAAGACACAAUUACAUCUUAUAAUAGAAAGCUUGUAAGUUUAUGAAAUAUAAAUCAUUUUAGCACUCAUUAAAGGAUGAGAUAGUUCGUUUGUAGAAAUAAAUUGAGGAGGAAAAUAAUGCAUUUGAAACUCAAUUUGAACAAAGAGUAAGAGAAAUAGCAGCAUUUGAAAGUCGCAUAACUACUAAAUUAGAAUAGGAAAUAGCAUUAAGAAGAGAUGGUAAUCUAAAAUUAUAAGGAUAUUUGGAUGAGAAGGUAUUGAAUAAAUAAUAAUAAUUUAUUAGGUUGUUUACUUGAAAUCUGAUAUUUAAACUGAAGGAAAGAUCAGAUAAGAAUAGAUAGAGAACAUUACUACAUCUUUAGAGAAUGAUCUACCAAAAUUAUAUGAAAUGGUGAAAACAGAAGGAUAAGAUAGAGAAGACAAUGAUAAUGGAACUUUGAGAAGAGCAGGUGAUGAAAUACGUCGUCUUAAUGAAGGUUUAGGAAAUUAAAAGAAAUUGAGGUAUUUAUUUGAUUAGAGCAUAUUGUUAGAGAGGAAUCGGAAACAGCAAUAUUUGAGAUGCUUAAGGAUCUAGUAUCAAGAGUAAAGAGUGAAAUUGAAGAAGAGAAGAAACUUAGAGAAGAAUCUCAAGAAUCAUUAUUAGGUUUACUAGAAGAUGCAGCAAAUAAAAUUUACAGAGCAGCAAAAGAUUGA